AUAUAUAUAAAGCGACGCCUCAACCCUCCGUAAGGGAAGCUUGUCCUAUUUCCCCCAAAGAGAGCGAGUUCCUUCGUCUUGUUUCGGAGGAAGCAUGGCUUUUCAACUUUCAAUGGACUCAGCACUUAAUUAAUCGGUGCUUCUUUAACUAGUCAUUUGCUCCACCACUCGAAUCAAUUGGCUGUUCAACAAAACUGAAGCACAGCAAUAGGAUAUCUUCUUCUAAUAGCAUUCCAGUGACAAACAGUUGGAUAUCAUAUUACGUUGAUGGACCGACAAGCUCAUGAUUAUGCAACAGCAGCAGCCCCAGCUAUGGCAUUUGCCCAGCAGCAAUGUCUAACUGCCAAUAUUCAACCGCAACAGCCACAAUUUGGAUUUCAUUCUCAACAUCAGCAGUUUUCUCCACCUCCAUUUAUGUCUCCGCAUCAUUCCAUGCAACAAUUCCCUUACCCACACCACGUGCAGCAGCAGCAACCUCAGCUCCAUCCUCACACUCCUCCCCAUCCACACCUUCUUCAUCAACAACAUCCUCCCCAUCCUUUCCCUCCCCAUGUACCCCCUCAACUCUAUCCUUCUCCUUUCCAUGGCCAUUACGACUCCACUCCACCUCCAGCUGCUCCUCCAUCUGAUACAGAGCUCCAAAAACGUAUCGACAAACUUGUUGAGUAUGCCACCAAGAAUGGCCCUGAAUUUGAAGCCAUGAUCCGUGAAAAGCAGCAGGAUAAUCCUGCUUAUAGUUUCCUCUUUGGUGGUGAGGGCCAUAACUACUAUCGUUACAAGCUUUGGUUAUCUACACAUCCCCCAGCUGGGCCAUUCAACCCUCCUUUCCCUCCUUCUUCUAUGCCAAUGAUGCAUCCCCCGCCAAACCCAAUGAUGAAUCCCGCUGUUGGGCCUUCAGCCUCAAUGGUGGGUACUCCAAUGCACCAACCUCCUUUUCCUCCUUUUUAUGAUACACAGCAGCAUCAACAUCAGCAUUCUCAGGCCUUUGGGGCUCGUGGACGUCUACAUUUUGAUCAGCCAUCCAAGUCCUUUAAAGGUCUUUCUGAUCCACUUCCUCCUGAUGUUGCACUGGAGCUGAGUAAUGUUCUUAACAGUCUCAAUGGAACCAAGGAGUCUAUUAAAGGUGCCAAAAUUUGGUUUAUGCAAAGGUCUCCAUUUGCACCUGCUCUUGCUGAGGCACUAAGGGACAGGGUUUUUGCUCUAGAUGAUUCUGAAAGGCAACUGCAUAUUAUUUAUCUCGCUAAUGAUAUUCUUUUUGACAGUUUGCAGAGGAGGGUCAACCUCCAUGAACUUGAUAAUGAGGCCCUUUCAUUUAAGCCAGUUCUGGGUCCCAUGCUUGCGAGAGUCUAUCACAACCCUCAAAAUAAGGAUGAAAAUCAGCUACGGUUACAGAAAAUUCUGCAUUUCUGGGCUUCCAAGGAAGUUUAUGAUCAAGAAAAUAUUUAUGUACUUAAAGUUGAGAUGGUGGGUGGACUACCAGCAAAUUCUUUUCCUGGGCCUCCAAAAGAAUUAACUAAUGCUUCAGCGGAUUCCUUGGCUGCUACAGGCUUUACAUAUGAACCAACAAACUAUAAUGCUCCACAAUGGCAGCCUGAUAGGCAAAGUGUAGCAGAACAGGAUCAUCAUGAUAAACAAGUGGCCUUAGCUAUUCCACAAUCCCUAGGAAACCAACAAUUUAUGCCAAAUUCAGUCCCUGCUGGAACUUUUCCAGGGUCCUUGCCAGUAAAUUCUUCCGUUCAACCAGCCAAUCAACAGCCUGCACCACAUUUGCAGACACCUCCUGCUAAUGCUGGUGAAAAGUUACCGCCAUAUCCAUUGUUCCCGCCUGGUCUUAUUCCUGGCAUGGUUAAAAAGAUGCAGAUUGGCAGCGGGGUUCCCUACUCUCCUUUGAGUCCUUUGGACAUCCCAACAGUUAUACCCCCAUCUAGCGUAUCCCCAUCAGAAAUUUUAGAGAGAGUGUCAAAAUUCUUUAAAGAGAUUGGAGAGAUUAACCCAUUUGAGGGAGUUAUAAAGUCUCAUUCGAAAGAUGAGGAGGAUGAGCAUGAGAGAGAUACUCCCAUUCGUAAAGGAGGAGCUUGCAUCCCUCCACCCCCUAACUUACAUGUUGACCCAGAGACUGGGGCUUACGCUGAUGGGAGUGUGGAGCGGAAACCAGGAUCUACGGGCACGGGAAGGUUGGGGCUUGGGGCAGUGGCUGACCCUAAUGAGGCAAGUCAAUACGAUGAUGUUUACAAAUCUUAUAGGAAACAACGAAGCACUAACUACCAUUCAUCCAUGAGUGCAAGAGCUGCUACGAGGUAAAAUCUCUUGCCAUGUUCUCACCAUUUAGUUGUCAAGUGGAAAAAUGCAGCACCAAAACAACUGCUUUUCGCCCAGCUUUGAUUGAACUUUUUCUGGACUCUGUAAAUGACAACUUGGAUAUGUAGCAGUAAACUUGGAUAUCAUGCGAGUUGAACUUUUGAUUUAGGAUAACGCUAUUUGCGAGCAUUGGAGCAAGGGUGUUGUAAUCAUUUAAAACCAGAUCCCCGGGUGGAAAGGUCAAGAUAAUUAGUGUAGGGUUCCUGGUCAUCAUUUUAUUUGUCAUGGACUUUCUAUCGCAGACAACCAAUGGAGCACCCAAAGACUUUUUAGAGCAA